CGGUGGUGGAAUGGUUGAACAUCUGAGAUCGUGUGUUUGUGUAGCUCUUCUCUAAAACUUAUUCGAUUUAAUGACUGUUUCCUGCCGUUAUUUACCCAAGAUUUGACGUGGCAUUUUGUUUUACCAGCAUGUCAGAGCAAGCUGUACCCCCAUUUUCCAAGAGUCGGGAAAUCCCGACGAGAAGAGUGAUACUAAAUGAUCCAUCUCAAAUGCCUUCUGACUACUGCACAACUCCUGGAGGUACCAUAUUUUCAACUACGCCAGGAGGAACUCGUAUUAUUUAUGAACGGAAUAAGUUAAUGCAAAUGCGUAACUCUCCAUUGGCAAGGACUCCCCCUAAGAAUUUACCACUGAUUCCUGGAGUUACAAGCCCAUUAGAGAAUGAGAAAGAUAAGAAUGAGAAAAACAAGUCUAGUCCAAACCAUGACAAAGAGAAAGGGGAUCUUGACGAACCUCAGUUUGAGAUGGAUAUUUAGAAUGAUGCCCCCUCAGUAACUUAGGCUGUGCAGUGCAUGGUGGGUAGUGAUGUAUAACUGUACCCAAGGUGCAAUAGUUGUUCUCAGAUGAUCACAUUUAUCCAUGGAGGAGAUAAAAAGAUGGAGUUUCAUACAGUGGUCACUUAGCAUCAGCGUUUAUUACAGAUUUUCUGAUUUAUUUCAACUGUGAAUUGCAAGCAGCAUUGAUUGGAUCACCUACUGAAAUGGAGUACAAGUGUACAUGCG